CUUACUUGUCAGUCAAAGAAAAGUGCCUGACACUAUGCAAUACCCCAUUAAAACUCUUUAAAAAUCAUUGUUUAUUACCCCUCCAUUACUAAAAAGGCAGCGUCAUGUCUUCUGAAGCUCUGCCGUUAUUGGCACCCCCCGAACCCAGCCAGCUCCACGAAACGGUUUUCGAUGUCUCUACUUCCACAGCGGGUAUUAUUGCCAACGAAUUAGCCCACGAUCCCGAGUUUCUCCCCGAAGUUGAAUCAAAUGGAUAUCCCCACGGAUACGGAAGUGUUGGUCCCGCUACAGCCGAGGAAGGCGCGGACUUUGCAUUGCCUCCUACCCAACUCUAUCCCGUCUUUGCCUCGUUAUUCAUGUGUAUAUAUUUAGCCGCCCUUGAUGGGACGGUGGUCACGACCCUCCUAACUGUAAUCUCCUCCGAUUUGAAUGCCGUUUCCAACAUCUCGUGGAUUGCCACUGCCUAUCUUUUCUCCUGCGCCGCUUUCCAGCCGUUGUUUGGCAAGUUGUCCGAUAUCUUUGGCCGCAAGUCUUUAAUUAUCGUCUGCAAUAUCUGUUUUGCCGUUGGCUGCUUGAUGUCAGCUACCGAUAAUGUCUGGACCUUGGUGGUGGCCAGGUUUAUCACCGGUAUUGGUGGUGGAGGGAUGACCUCCCUUGCCACCAUCACCAUGUCGGAUUUAGUCUCCUUGCGCAAGAGAGGACUCUGGCAGGGCAUUGGUAAUCUUUUCUUCGGGCUUGGUGCUGCCAGUGGUGGGAUUAUGGGUGGAGUUGUUGCCGACGCUUUGGGCUGGAGAGCGGUGUUUCUUAUCCAGGUCCCAGUGGCACUUAUGAGCGCGGCUUUUGUCUACCAAUACUUGAACUUGCCAGAGGGCUCCCCUGGGUUGGGCUCCCAUGGCUCCGAUAUGAUGACCAAAUUCCGCCGCGUCGACUUUUUGGGGUCGGCGUUGUUGGUUAUAUCCGUGGGUGGAAUCAUGGCAGCGGCUUCCUUAGGGGGCAAGGAGUUUGCUUACAACAGCUAUCUGUUUGUAACGUUGUUGGUUACUUCCGUUGUUUUCUUGCUAUUAUUCGUCUAUGUUGAGCUUUAUUUCUCGCCCGAGCCAAUCAUCCCCGUGAGGUUGCUAGCUGACCGAACGGUGCUAUGCUCCUCCUUUGCAAAUUGGUUCUUCACGAUGGCAUGCUUUGUGGGCCUUUAUUACGUCCCAGUCUUUUUUACCUCGGUUUUGGGCAACACUCCCACCCAGAACGGGAUUAGAUUGGUUCCCAAUACGAUUGCUGCCUCCGCCGGGUCUCUAAUCUCGGGCAUCUAUAUGAAGAAAACGGGAAAGUACCAUCGGUAUAUCGUGGUUACGGGGUCUUUUUCAGUAUUUGGUAUCUUUUUCCUCACCCAGAUGUCCCCUACAAUGUCCAAUUUCAAACAGUACCUCGUUUUGAUUUUGCCCACCCUUGGAUACACCAGUAUGCUCACGGUGACAUUACUUGCAUUGAUCGCCGCGGUACCUGUCUCUUACCAAGCAUCCACCACCUCCAUUCAGUAUGCGUUCAGAUCUACGGGAUCCACCUUGGGAGUUUCCAUCGCGUCGGCAAUCUUCCAGCACUUGCUUAAAACGCGUAUCGUGGUGAAUUUCGAAGAACUCAUCCGUGAGACCCCCGAGUUAGCGGAAAAGUAUAACACUCUGCAGAUCAUUGCCAAGUCGUUGAAGAAUAUAGAUUAUAUCUAUGAGGCACCAGAGGAGUUCAGAACCGCGAUCAGAAUGGCUUAUAAUUCUGGCUGUCACGGAGCAUUUUAUUUUGCUUUCGGUGUUAUCCUUUUGGGCUAUCUUUCGUGUGUUGGUAUGCGCGAGCACAUGUUGCAUACCUCCAUGAAAAGAUCCUAGGUGAAAAGUGAGUUGACUUGACAUUUGGCUUACAAUCCGAGAUAGGUUUUGCUUUGGCAUAUGCCACUUCUAUUUCAUAGCGUAUCAAUGGCUAUGAAUUCCUCGAAUAUACGGGACUGGGUCCAGGUGAGACUAGAAAAUCAGAUACUAAGCCCAAAUGAGACCUAGAAUAUCCAGGAUGUGUUUUUACAUUGAAUAUAUAAUUUAUAGACGAAUAUCUACCAGAAAUAAGGAUUUAC